AUGCACCGAGCGCUGUCAUCGAGAUGGCUACGGAGCGCGCUGAGGAUUGGUGACCGGGCCGCCCUGGCUGAGGUGCCUGGGUACCUGUGCCCAGCGCUCAGUCUUUCGGCGCAAAGGGGGCGUGGUGUUCCUCAUCAGAUGACGGUUGCGCAUGGCCAACGAAGGUGUCUUCAUGCCGAAUCGAAUCUUUCAGACCCUCUCGAGCGACUGCCUUCGGAUCCCGCAGAUGCCGAUGCGCUGGCUUUGGCGAAGCUGCCUCUACAAUGCCAUGGUUGCGGCGCCUUCACUCAGACCACGGAACCUGACCAGGCUGGCUACUACGACUUGAACCGCAAAUCUGUACAAAAGUUUGCGGCUUCCGAACACGAGUACGAGAUAAAUAAGGGGGAGAUCGAGGAAGAUUUUGUUGUGACCAAGGCCUUGGAGGGAUUGGACGAACACAAGCUGCAAGAGCUUGGCCUGGACCCUAGGACUCUGCUUGCCGGAGAGGACCUCGAGACUGAUAUUCCCUCUUUUCCUCCCGCGCCGAACGCAACGCCGCUGUGCAACCGCUGCCAUGCGCUCGUGCACCACCGCAAGGGCACGCCCAUCUUCCACCCGAGCGUCGACGCCCUCCGCGAAACGAUCGAAGAGUCGCCCUUCAAGAACAACCACAUUUACCAUGUCAUCGACGCCGCAGAUUUUCCCAUGUCGCUCGUGCCGAAAUUGCACCAGCUUCUGGGCGACGUCAGCCUCAGGCGGCGCAACCGCAGGUCGCGUGCCGGACGCUACUACAAGGACCGCAAGUUCGACAUGAGCUUCAUCAUCACGCGCUCCGAUCUUCUGGCGCCGACGGAGAAGCAGGUCAACGCCCUGAUGCCGUAUCUGCGCGAGGUGCUGCGAAGCGCCUUGGGGGAGUUUGGCGACGUUGUCAGGCUCGGCAACCUCAAAUGCGUCAGCGCGAGGCGGAGCUGGUGGACGAAGGAUCUCAAGCAGGAGAUUUACAAGCGCGGCGGCGCUGGAUGGAUGGUCGGCAAGGUCAACGUCGGCAAGAGCCAGCUCUUCCAGGCCGCACCACAAACCUCCCCGAUCCGCAUCCCGUACGGCAACGGCAAGGGCGAGCUCAUCGACUUGCCGGGCCUCGUGCGGAGCGACCUCGAGCUCUUCGUCCAGGAGGACAAGCGCCAGGCCCUGGUCAUGCAGGACAGGCUCAAGCCCGAGCAGCACUCGAUCAAGCCGGGCCAGUCGCUGCUGCUCGGCGGCCUCAUCCGCAUCACGCCGCGGACGUCGGACCUCGUCUUCCUCGGUUACAACUUUACGCCGCUGCCCGAGCACCUGACGUCGACCGACAAGGCCGUCGCCUUCCAGGCGCAGGAGAGGACCGCCGCGCAGGUCGACAACAUCUGCACGCCCGACGCGGCCGACAAGAUGCAGCUCGCGGGCUCCUUCCCGCUCCGCCACGACGUCGAGAACCUCCCGUACCGUGUCCUGUCGACCGACAUUCUCAUCGAGGGCGUCGGCUGGGUGGAGAUGACGGCGCAGGUCCGCGCGAGGCAGCUCUUCGCCAAGCCCGAGGCCAAGGCGGCGGCGGAGCCCGUUGUCGACGACAACACGCCCGAGGACAAGCCGCAGGAUCCCUUUGACGCCAUCCUCUCGCGUGUGCACGGCGCCGAGAAGGAGAAGCCCAAGGAGCCGCCGGUCGCCGACAAGAAGACGAACAGCAAGGCCGGCGGACUCGGCGAGCCCGUCGAGCUCAACUGGCCCGUGGUCGACGUGUACAGCCCGCUCGGCAAGUUCGUCGGCGUGCGGCCUCCGAUGAACGGCUACAUGCUCAACAAGCCGCGCGUGCUGGCGAAGCACAAGAAGGCGCGGCCGCGCAGGAGCAUGAAGGGCGCCAAGAAGAGGGACAAGAUGGCGCGCAGGGAUGCCGCUGCUGCGUCCGCUCUCGCCUCGGCGUCGGCUUGA